ACCGGAGCGGCCCCGCCCACUGUUGCGUCAUCGCGGCGCGCCCGCUGUCAGCGGCACGUGGGGCUCGCGCCGCCGCCGUUGGCAGUGACAGUGGCAGUGGCAGUGCCAGGCCGAUGCCAUUCAGGACGUGCCGGGGUCAGCGGUGCCCAUGAGGCCGGAGGGGCGCGGGCGGCCGGGCAGCGGCGGCACCGGCGGGGCGGCACAACGGGGACGCGCUCGCCAUGGAGUUCACCGCCAUCGACUACAGCAUCUUCGCGCUGCUGCUGGUUCUCUCCUCGGCCAUCGGGCUGUUCUACGCGCUGAGCGGUGACCGGCAGCGCACCGUGCAGGAGUUCCUGCUGGCCAACCGCGACAUGGGCUGCUUGCCCGUCGCCCUGUCCCUGCUGGCCUCUUUCCAGUCGGCCGUGGCCAUCCUGGGCGUGCCAGCCGAGAUCUUCCGCUUCGGCACCGAGUACUGGUUCCUGGGCUGCUCCUAUUUCCUGGGGCUGCUCAUCCCAGCACACAUCUUCAUUCCCGUUUUCUACCGCCUGCGCAUCACCAGCACCUAUGAGUACCUGGAGCUGCGCUUCAACAAGACGGUGCGAGUCCUGGGCACUGUCACCUUCAUCUUCCAAAUGGUUAUCUACAUGGGGGUGGUGCUCUAUGCGCCCGCACUGGCCCUCAACGCAGUGACAGGCUUUGACCUGUGGAGCG